AUGAAUAAGGAACUUCUAAAUGAUGAAAGCUUUGAUACAAUUUAUCAUGAAUAUAAGCGUGCUAAAAAAAACUAUCAGCAAUCAAACCUUACUAAAGAAAGAUUUAAAACUAUUCGAAUGAAGUUGUUUAAUGCUACUUCUGCUUCUUCCAAUCAUGAUGUAGCUUUUAAUACAUAUAAAGAAAUUGAGGAUGAUGAUAAUGAUGCCCUUAAUUAUAGAAUAAAAUAUAAAAUAGGAUUGCAUUACCUUUCUGGAGUCGGUUGCGAACAAGAUAUUGAUAAUGGUUAUAGGAAAAUUGUUGAAGCCGAAAAUUUUCAUCUUCCUGAUGCAAAAUCUUGGAUAAAUAAAUAUGGAGGAAAAAAAGAUCAUGGCGCAGAA